UGAAUUUUGUUUCUCUCUCUAUAUUUACAUGUCAUAUCUCUACUCUCUCUCUCUCUCUCUAUAUAUAUAUAUAUAUAUGUAUUCACUAUAUGUGAUGCGAGUAUUGUCGUCGUGAGAGAGCAUUUUUCUCGAUGGCUUUUCCGAACCACCUGUCUUAGGAAAUGGCGUUCUCUGACCGACACUUAGCCGAGAACACGUCGGUUUUACGAACUAUAUUGCCUGAACAGCUCGGCCAGUCCGCCGGAAAUCCGCCGGAGCAUCACCACCAACCGCCGCAACAACCACCACAACAAGUCGGUGUUGGACCGACAUGGCUUAACAGCGCGAUUCUCCGGCAGCAGAACCAGUACGGUGACGGUAAUUUCCUCAAUUUACACACGAAUUCCGAUUCGACGACCACGUCGCAGCAGCAGCAGCAAGGGUCGAAUCAGUGGCUCUCGAGAUCAAUUCUUCAGCGCAACGAAGUGCAGGUCUCGAACGAUUCGAUGAUGGCUGCUGCGGUGAUAUCGCACGAAUCGGCUGAUUUGAACAACAAUAAAGUGGAGAACAAUGGAGGAGAGAUAACAGGGAGCGAUGUUCGUGGUGGCGAGGGAGUUAUGAAUUGGCAGAGUGCUAGGCUCAAAUCUAAAAUUCUGGCGUAUCCGCUUUACGAGCAGUUGUUAUCGGCUCAGGUUGCGUGCUUGCGUAUCGCAACACCGGUGGAUCAGUUGCCGAGGAUUGACGCUCAGCUCGCUCAAUCGCAGCACGUGGUGGGGAAGUAUUCGGGUCUCGGCCAUGGUAGCAUUGGCGAUGAUAAGCAGCUCGAUCAAUUCAUGACACAUUAUGUACUCUUGCUCUGUUCUUUUAAAGAACAACUACAACAACAUGUUCGUGUGCAUGCAAUGGAAGCAGUAAUGGCUUGCUGGGAGAUUGAGCAAUCCCUAGAAAGCUUAACAGGUAUGUUCAUUAUUUAUUCUUUCUAGAUUUGUUCAUUUCUC